AUGAUGAACAGCACAGAACAAUACCAGGAGACACACAGCGCGACAGGGCUCUAUCCUUCAUUGCCAGUCAGCUAUACCGCGAUCAACUGGCUUGGGUUUGAAGAUGGGCUCGGUAUGACUGGAUCGCUUGAUCAUGACUGGCAAUACCCUGAUCAUAUGUUUAACUUUUAUAUGCCUGCUAGUGAUACUCACAGUAUCUCUCAGGUGUCUCCUGCUGCCUCGAGGGAUCUGGAAACAGCAACUGGUGGCUCUUCUACUCGCCCCGACAAUAACGCAACGACCCCUCACGAUGCAGCCACGACAAGUACCUUGGGUACGGACGANAACCCCGCGACGCCUGGACAAUUCUACGCCGAUGGAGGUACAGCUCGACUGCCACGAAUGAAGAAGCGAAGGGCCACGUCAAGCUAUGCAGUUCAUGAGCAUUCGAGAAAGAAAUUUUCGAUGUUGUUACCUGCUAGUCUGACAUGCGCGCCCUCUGAUGACCACUGGCUUGACGAUCAAGGCUACGCUGAUCUCCAAUCGCAUUACUCAAACUUCUGCACCUCAGCCGCAACACUCUUUGCACCAUUUGAAAAUGUCGACUUUCCUCACAAGACCCUGUUCGACUAUCUGUGUGGUCUUUAUCUUGAGAACUUCAGCUCGAUACUCCCAUUUCUCCAUGUCUCAACCUUGAGAGUGCAAAGACAACAUCCUCUUCUCGUUCUGGCUAUGGCCGCGAUAGGCAGUCAUUAUCUCAAGGAUCAGAACGUCAGUCGAUUCGUACUCUCGAUGCAUGAAUUCAUGCGGAGAGUCCUGUUCUUCGCUCCUGAAUCUUUCGAUGGUUUUCAGCUGGAUCUUGUAAAUCAAUUCCGAAUCACUUUGCUGCAUGCUGUCGGUGCUACAUACUGUGGUGAUGAAGCUCUGAGAGAUCAUGCCUUCGCUCUUAGGCUAAGACUUGCGACCUUCUUCGUCAGUGUCAACAGCUCACAAGCGACAACAGCUGGAGCACAGGACGAUUGGCAUCAUUGGGUUGACAGAGAGUCGUCAGUCCGUCUACGGCACUGCACAUGGCUUAUGGACUGUAUGUGGUCGUUCCAAUCUCACACACAAACGAUGCUCACGCUUAGCGAUGCAACGCUUGCACUACCGGCGCACGAGAAACUAUGGAACGCUACUUCAGCAGCUCAAUGGAACCAUCUCAUGCGCAACAGGGAGGUUCCGAAGGAUUUAGCUCCAUCUGUUGACGAACUGUAUAUCUCCAAGAACGUCAUGGCGGAUGCUGGUGAAUUUGCUCGUAUACUGCUAAUCUACGGGCUUCAUCGGCGUCUGUCAGAAGUCGCAGUCUAUCACAGUCAGAAGUUGUCGCAUUGGGUCUCGAAGGAGCAAAAUCCAGCAGAGACUGCAGUCAUACCAGACACCCCUAUCUGGCUCCCAUCACUUCCUGUGUUCAGACAAUGGCAAAAUCUCACAUGCGAUAGUCUGGACGUCUUGCAUUGGACAGCCAACGCCACAAUCGGAGAAGCAAGCGGUUUUGAACAUCCCACUGUCUUGCAUCUGCAUCUUGCUCGAGUCGUCUUGCUGACGCCGAUCCGAGAAAUUGUGAACCUUGCACGCUAUCUUGCUGGUGACAAAGGCGCAAAGUCGGAGGCUGGGGUGAUGGUAGAUCGGCAAGCUGUACACAGAUGGGCUAUCCAGCAUCAGUACAAGGCACGAUUGGCGGCUAUACAUGCAGGCGUGGUUUUCUGGCAUGUUCGAAGGUUUUCAGCAAACGCAUUCUACGAGCCCACGGCUGUCGCCCAUGCAGCCCUAGUACUCUGGGCGUUUAGUGCAUUCUCUUCAAAGACAGCACCGCCACCUGAUCUGUCAAACGAUGGACCUCCUCAUGCCGCACAUGCAGACACAACUGUCGAGACAGACUGUAACACUUCGGACAGCGAGAGCUCGUCAGACACCAUCAUUCUUCUCGACCGUCCAGCAGAUGACGAGAUUGUGCAAGAGUUUGUCUUGAAUGGUCCUCGCAUGAGGGCUAACAUGACGGGGGUUGGUGAUUUGUACGGCGAGAAAGGGCCAGAGCGUGUGGUCAGGGAAGGAUCAAAGAUACUCAAGACAUUGGGCUGCUGGCGAGUUUGGGAGUCUUGGGCAAAGGUAUUGGAUAGGCUGGUUGUUGUCUGUAAACGCGAGAGAAAACGAGCCAGGGAGGUGACUGCAUCGAACGGUCAGGCCAUGUCAGUCUCGAGCACGAGAGAAACUGGUGAGUGA